UCCACUGUCGACUCACUGGUCUUCCACUGCGAAACGCGACGACGGCGAAGACAACUGGGAGACUGGGAGCCCAGGAGAAGCCCUAACCGAGCCACCUGUUCUUCCCCUCCCUCUUCCUCGCAGCCAUGGAGGGGCAGAGGGUCUCCAAGAAGCCCGCGUCGUCCGCCUACGCCGACGUCUUCGGCGGGCCGCACCGUUUCGCCGCUUCUCCCUUCCCUGCUCGCCUCGACGACUAUGUAGAGAUCUUCGGAGGUUCCGCGAGCUCCUGUAGCAUCCCCUUCCUCGAUCUCCCUCCGGCGGUUGAUGGUCUUGACGGUGAACCUCCCGGGUUUCGCGACGGCCCUGGAUUCGACUACGCUGAGGUUUUCGGAGGCUUGGAGUUUGGAGGGUUUGCUGUAUCGUAUGAGGAGUUGUUUUCCUCGUCGCGAGGCCUGGAGGUUGGUUCCACCAAGGGGAGGGACUUUGAGGAUCCUACCAUUAAUGGUCAGGUCACUAAAGAAUCUGAACUUUCUCUGGAAAAUGUGGAAACAUUUCAUAUGAAUUGCAUAGAAGAUGAUCAUGAUUGCUGCCCGUUGAACUGCAACCAUUCAGAUCAAAAUUCUGAGCAAUCUAACCUGUCGAAUAAUAGGAAAAAUCCUGGGAGCAAUGAUGGUGCUGCACGAGGGAAAUUACUCAAAACUGAUCCUCCUAGGACUAGUUCCACUCUUGAAUGUGCUGGCCAUUUGCAAACACAAAAUCCUGGCGCUUCCAUCAGCAACACUAAUGGUGCUGAUUUAAAUAGCUCGGGAGAUGAUGUCAUAGCAGUUAUUAGAGAAUUUAGCAGUCAAUGUUCUGCUUCAAAACUUAAUCAUGUGGAUUUAACUCUCCAUUCACCUUCUUCUAUCAGUAAUUCAGUCACUAGUGAUGAUCUGGCAUCUUCCAAUGCUAUGUAUGUGAGUGUUGUAGACAUCAGUCUCCGAACACAACCUUUGCAAGUACCACCACCAACAAGACCACCUCCAAAAGUAUGUAACAAGAGCAAUCAGCCAUUCUUGAAGACAGGUCCUAGUAUGAAGAUCAGUCUAGACAGACAAAGUUCAUCUGAUCCAAAUGAAUAUCCCAAAUAUGGUGUUGUUUCCAAAAGCCAUGCACCUCGAGUUGGUGUGAAGGAUGGUCCUUCUUCCUUGGAUGUAGAGAUUGAUGCAAGUACAGCUGCUGCUGCUAUGAAGAAAGCAAUGGAACAAGCUGAAGCAAGAUUAAGAAGCGCAAAAGAGAUGAUGGAGAGAAAACGUGUAAAUGAUCACAACCGGAAGAAAUUCGGUAACCAUGAAAGAAAAUAUGAACAUGAGAUCGCUCAACCACCUUUUUUGGUAGAUAGCACCAGUGUCAUUACAAGACAGAAAAGCUUGGCAAAAGACAAUGAAACAGUCGAUGGCAUUCAUACUGAUGGAUCAAAACUUAUCAAUGUUUUUAAGGCAAGUCUGGGUGCUGGAGAGUCAACAAGACAUGUCACAAUGUCUAAACAUAUUCAAGAGACGAUGAAAGAGAACAGUUUAGCUCCAGAAAAGGAAUCCAUGGAGUGGAGCAUGGAUCGAGAACACUCAAAAAUUGAAAGAGAAAAAGGGUCCGUAAUAGUAGAAAAUGUACAUGAUCAGGAAGCUAUUAGGAAAAAGACGAAAGGAACACCAAGCAUUGACAAAGAUGGUCAUUAUGUGAAUAAAGGUGUGGCACUGUCAUCUGAAUUCAAAAGUAACAAUAAUUUGAAGGAAGAUAAAGAAUGGAUUGAUGAGAGAAAGAAUGCCAUAAAUGUGAAAGAUGACCAUGAUUCGUGCAAAGAAGAAACUGCUGAAGAGAUAGACAAUGUUGUUGUCAUGGCCUUACAGCUUCAAGAAAGCAUCAGUAUCCUUAAGGAUACUCACAUUUCUUGUAAUGAAGAAAAUAAGAAGCUUGAAGAGGUUCAAAAUGUUCAUGGUGAAAAUUUAAGUAUACCAUUCUCUGUUGAGAAGGUUUCUGUGUCAGUAAGAAGUGAAGAAAUUCUGGAAACAUCUGACAACCAUGAGUUUGAAGGGACUUAUGACUGCAAGGAAGACGCCAAUGAAUCAAAAGAUGCUAAAGUCCACGAUGAAUUUGUGGACAACCUACAUGACAUUGAGGCAAUCCAAGUAACAUUGUCAGAGACAUUAAAUUUAGAAUCUGACAAAGUAACUUUUGAAUCUGAAAAACAUAAGAAGGAUUUGACUGUAGAUGGUAUAAACAAUGAACAGAUUAAGGAUGAUGCUGUUCUGGAUGCAUCUGUGAUAGCUGCUGUUCCACAUGACAAGAAUAUGUGGAUGGCUUUUGAAUCUUGCGUGUUUGAGGUAGGGAAUGAGUUGAAUGCUCUUUGUGAAUCAUCUGACCACUCAAACAACCAUGUCCAAAUGGAUAGAAAUACAAUGGAAACUCAGAAGGAAGCCAGGGAGGAACCAUGCUCAAAGAAAGAGUCAUCUACGCCUGGGAAGUAUGAAACAAGACUGGUAGUUGACCAAGACACAGAUGAAAUAGGCAAUGAUUCAAUAAAACAAAAAGCAACUGGAGUAAUGUUGUAUGAAGAACCUAGGAAUGCAAAGGCAGAUGGUACCUGCGCACAUGAUUGCAAUGAGCUCAAAGCAAAUGGACUACCAGGUGAUGAGAUCAGAAAUGUGAUUCAAGAACCUUGUUUUCUGGACAAAUCUGAGAAGCAAACAACACCUAAAGGAAACAAGGAAAUUAGAGAAAAUGAAAAAAAUAGAGAGAUUCAUGCAAACCCGCAUGUUUUGGAAGUGCAGGUUGAAGGUGGUCACUCAAACAACCUGGCCCAAAUGGAUGGAAAUUCAGUGGAAACCCUGAAGGAAGCUAGGGAGGAACCAUGCUCAAAGAAAGAGUCAUCCAUGUCUCAGAAAUAUAAAUCUGGACUGGUAGUUGAUGAAGAUACAGAUGAAAUUGGAGGGAACUUAAUGAACCGAAAAGGAACUGGAGUGAUGCCGUAUGAAGAACACAAUAAUGCAAAAGCAGACGGUGCUUGCUCACAAGAUUGCAAUGAACUCAGGGCAAAUCAACUACCAGGCGAAGACCAGAAGUAUGAUGAGAUGCCACAGGCAGUUCAUGAUCCUUGUUUGCUGGAAAAAUCUAAGAAGCAAACAAUGCUGCAAGGAGACAAGGAAGUUAGCAGAAAUGAAAAGAUUGGAAGGAUCCUUGCAAACCCAGCAAAUCCAGAUGUUUCAGCUAACAGUGACAUUUUAAACAUAGAUUCAGAUGCCAGGGGAAGCCUUCUGUUCAAAGAUUUGGAUGCCCAGCCAGAAAAUGAUGAUGAUAUAGAAUUACAAUCAGCUAAAGAUGCUGCACACAUUGACAAGGUUGGGCCCUCAAAGUUUACUUCAAACUUUAAGAAGACAGAAGAUAAUGAAAGUGGAAGAAUGGAAAAAGAAAGAAAAUCAUCAGAAAAUAUGACAAGGAAAUUAGAGGAAGUUGUAGAGUUACAAUCAGCUAAAGACGCUGCAGACAUUGAAAACGUUGCGUCCUCAAAGUUUAUUUCAAACUUUAAGAAGACAGAAGAUAAUGAAAGUGGAAGAAUGGAAAAAGGAAGAAAAUCACCAGAAAAUCUGACAAGGAAAUUAGAGGAAGUUGUAGAGAGGGAGAGAGAAAGAGAAAGAGAGAAGGACAGAGCUGAAGUGGAAAGAGCAAUUCAUGAAGUACAUGAAAGGGCAAAUACUAAAGCCCGAGAAAGGGCAGAAAGGAUUGCUGUAGAGAGAGUUACUGCUGAGGCUCGACAAAGAGCAUUAAAGGAUGCUCAAGAGAAGGCAGAUAAGGCAUCUGUUCUAGCUGCAGAAAAAUCAGUAGCUAACCAGGCUUUAAAAGAAGUUAGAUUAAAGGCGGAGCGUGCUGCUGUUGAACGAGCAAUCGCUGAAGCUCGAGAGCGUGCCGCAGAAAGAGCACUUGCUGAAAAGGCUGCUGGAAAUGAUAGGGAACGCAAAGAGAGACCAAAUGGUUUUUACAAGGAUAGAAUGAGUAAAGAAAAUGGAAUAGUAGAGAAUUCAAAGGCCCGGAAUAAGGAUGGCUCUACUGGUGCACAGUUUCACAGUACUGGUUCUUUGAACAACUCCAAAGGAUAUUCAUCUUUGGAUAGCCAAACAGGUGACAGCGAAUCAACUCUUAGGUACAGAGCUAGGUUGGAGAGGCAUCAAAGAACAGCUGAACGUGUGGCAAAAGCUCUUGCUGAGAAGAACAUGCGAGAUGUUCUUGCUCAAAGGGAACAAGUAGAGAGAAAUAGAUUGGCUGAAUAUCUGGAUCCUGAUAUCAAAAGAUGGUCAAAUGGAAAAGAAGGAAAUUUGCGUGCACUGUUGUCAACUCUGCAAUAUAUCCUUGGGCCUGAGAGUGGUUGGCAGCCAAUUUCGUUGACAGAUAUUAUUACUGCCACUGCUGUGAAGAAAGCUUACAGGAAGGCUACGCUCUAUGUUCAUCCUGAUAAAUUACAGCAAAGAGGUGCUAGCAUUCGGCAAAAGUACAUUUGUGAGAAGGUCUUUGAUCUGCUUAAGGAGGCGUGGAACAAAUUCAACUCUGAAGAGCGAUAGAGAUGCCGAAUGUUCACACUAGUGUAGUUUUCACCUCUCAAGCUUUCAUUUGUAGUUAGUAAAUGCAUUUUAGAUAUAGAACUAGAAUGUUAAUUGAUUCUGCAAUUAUUCUUUGUACCUUCUGUUGCAUAUGUAAAUAUGUUUAUGGAGUUGGCAAAAAGCUGUGAGAACAUUUUCUGCUAAGGAAACGAUUUAUGUUGAAUUGA